AUGGAGGCACUGAGAGAAUCCUUUCUUCAUUUGACUUUUCAGAUGUCAACCUAUAAGAGAGCCACGCUGGAUGAGGAGGAUCUGGUGGAUUCGACCAGCGAUGAUGUUUACACAUCUUCGCCUAUGCGGGUGACCUUUUUGCCCGGCCGGAGCACCAUGUGUUGGUCAGACAAGACACCAAGAGAGAAGAGGCUGCUGUUGUUGAUGUGUCUCCUGUCAGUCGCCCUGUUGAUAUCCCUCAUCUCCACUAAAGUCUUUUAUGAUCAAGCUCACCCAGGACUGUGCGUUUCAGAGCCAUGCAUUACUGUCAGCAGCUCUGUCCUGGGAGCCCUGGACAGAUCUGUGGACCCCUGCCAUGACUUCUACAACUUUGCUUGUGGCGGCUGGAUGAAGAACAACCCUCUCCCUGAGGGGAAGUCCCGCUGGGGCCCGUUCAACAACCUGUGGGAGCACAACAUGUUUGUGAUGAAGCGUUUAUUAGAAAACACAACAAUGAAAGGAUUGAGUAAGGCUGAGGAAAAAGCCCAGCAAUACUAUCAAGCCUGCAUGAAUGAGACAAAGAUAGAAGAAUUAGGAGCUAAGCCUCUGCAGCGGCUAAUCAGCAAGAUAGGAGGGUGGGCUCUGACUGAACCCUGGGACAAGGACAAUUUCCAAGAAGUUCUCCGAACUGUCUCUGCUAGCUUAAGGACCUCCCCUUUCUUCACUGUGUUUGUUAGCACAGACUCCAAAAACUCCAACAGCAAUGUCAUCCAGGUGGAUCAGUCCAGCCUGGGCCUGCCUUCAAGGGAAUACUACCUCAACAAAACAGCCAAUGAAAAGUAUCUCACAGCAUACCUCAACUUCCUCGUGGAGUUAGGGGUUCUCCUGGGCGGCUCAGAGGAGACGUCUCGGACGGUCAUGACAGAAAUCGUUGACUUGGAAACCGCCCUGGCCAACAUCACAGUGCCUCAGGAGGAGAGGAGAGACGAGGAGCUCAUUUACCACAAAGUGCAGGCCAAGGACCUGCAAGGUCUGGCUCCUGCGGUCGACUGGAUGCCUUAUCUGAAAGAAGUGUUCACGCCUGUGACACUCAGCGAAUCAGAGCCCGUUGUUGUUUAUGCCAAAGAGUACCUCCAGAAGGUUUCUGAGCUCAUAACAAACACAAAUAAAAGCCUACUCAACAAUUACAUGAUAAUGAAGGUGGUGAGAAAGAUGGUUUCCGUUUUGGACCAAAGGUUCCAGGACGCAGAGCAGCGCUUCCUUGAGGUCAUGUAUGGGACGAAAAAGAGCUGCACUCCUCGCUGGAAGCUGUGUGUCAGCGACACAGACAGUGCCUUGGGCUUUGCUCUUGGUGCCCUGUUUGUCAAGGACACCUUCGCAGAGGACAGCAAAGCUAAUGUCGAAGAAAUGGUUGCAGAAAUCAAAUGGGCGUUUGAGGAUAGCUUAAAGGAUGUGAGCUGGAUGGAUUUAGACACCAAAAAAGCUGCAAAAGAAAAAGCAGAUGCUAUUUACAACAUGGUUGGAUAUCCGGAAUUUAUCAUGAACGCCACAAAGCUGGACAAAGUGUUCAGUGAUUUUGUGGUGGUGUCAGAUCUUUACUUCCAGAAUGUCAUGCAGUACUACAACUUCUCAGCCAGGGUGACUGCAGACCAGCUGAGGAAGGCUCCCAACAGAAACCAGUGGAGCAUGACCCCUCCGACCGUAAACGCAUAUUACAAUCCAACAAAGAACGAGAUGGUUCUACCAGCAGGGAUCCUGCAGGCUCCGUUCUAUAGUCGCUCGUGGCCAAAGGCUCUGAACUUUGGAGGAAUUGGAGUUGUCAUGGGUCAUGAACUGACUCAUGCAUUCGAUGACCAAGGGAGGGAAUACGACAAAGAUGGAAACUUGCGCUCCUGGUGGAAGAAUUCGUCUGUGGAGGCCUUCAAGAGGCAGACCCAGUGCAUAGUGGAGCAAUACGGCAAUUAUAGCAUCAACAAAGAGCUUUUGAAUGGAAGACACACGCUGGGGGAGAACAUCGCUGACAACGGGGGAUUAAAAGCUGCGUAUAAGGCCUAUGUGAACUGGAUCAAAAACAAUGGUGAGGAAGCAACGCUGCCGGCUCUGGGAAUGACGAACCAUCAGCUGUUUUUUGUAGGAUUUGCACAGGUUUGGUGUGCCGUCAGGACGCCGGAGAGUUCACACGAGGGCCUUAUCACUGACCCCCACAGCCCGUCAAGAUUUAGAGUCAUCGGCACCAUCUCCAACUCACGGGAGUUCUCAAAGCACUUUGGCUGCAAAGCAGACGCUCCAAUGAACCCGAAACAUAAGUGUGAGCUUUGGUGACACCUCGCCGCCUAGCACUGUCUUUCAACGAAUGGCGAAGUGGACCCUGAGAGAAAAUACCACGACGCUGACAACGUCUCUUGGGACGGAAAUCCAAGAACCACUGAAACCCUUAAUGCCGUCCCUCUUAAUGCGUGUCAGGAUCCUUAUCUGGACAACAUGUGCCUGCUUCAUGUGGAGGACAGCAGACUUUGCCGCUUCGCCACAAGGACCGUUAUUUUAGAAAAUAGCCUUCCUCAGCUUAAAUGUAGCUAGAAAUGUGUUUUCUACACCAGAAACCCAUUACAUAGUUACAAAACUGUUCAGACUUGUUCGGAUUAUGCAAACUCCUUGUUUAUCAAGUGACAAUGAAGCAAAGUAACGCUUCUGUCUUUUUUUUUUUUUUUUUUUUUUUUUUUUGUAUGUUAUCCUAAACGGCUUGAACCUGCUCUGGUUUAUUUAUAAUUGUAUAUAUUUUUUAAAACCAAAACCUGCAAGAUUUAUAACAAUCUGAUUUUUUUUUUUAAGUUUUAUGACUGUUUGUUUUUAUUCUACAGCUUUUUCAUUGAGCCGUUGCAAUAUUUUAAAAAAAUAAUAAUAAUGUUAUAAAAAAAAAAGGGGGUCAUUUAGAACCUAAGCGAUUUCUAAGGCACAUUGUAACAUAAUUUGUUUCAUUUGUAAAACUUUGUCACAAAUUAUUUUGUAUAGUAAAAUCCAUUUGAAAACAUA